UUUCUCUCUUUCUCUCUCUCUUUUCUCUGCUUCAAUUCCCUGUUUCAGUCUCUCUAACCCGGAAUCCCCAAAUCCCAACCCAGAAAACCCUAAUUCAAAACCAGAAAGGAAUUUAGGGAUAUGGAUCGUUGCCUUCCGGUGGGUGUGAGAUUCCACCCGACUGAUGAAGAAUUGAUCGGCCACUACCUCUACCUGAAGAAUAAUCCCAACUUAGCCUCGGUGGCACCAUCCUUGUUUCUUCCUGAGUUUGAUUUGUACGGUGAGUCCGAACCCUGGAUCAUUUGGGAAGCCUAUGGAGGACCCAAUCUGAAACAACAAGAUCUCUUUUUUUUCACUCUCCAUAAGAAGAAGGCCAAUCCCCGCGGCGGCCAUGCUACCCGGCAUAGUCGAAGGGUUGGAUCGUCGGGCACAUGGAGCCAAGGUGAACCGUCCAAACUCGUUUUUGGCGAGAAGAACCAGGAAAUCCCAAUUGGGCGAAAGACGAAAUUGAGGUAUGAGAACAAACUGGUGCCGGAACAACACGGUUGUUGGAUUAUGGAGGAGUAUAGCACUGUUGAUGAUUCAAGUUCUUCUUCUGCACAUGAUGAUUAUGUGAUUUGCCGACUCCGACGGAACAACACCAACAGAUCAUCAUCAUAUGGACAACGAGGAGCAAUAAGAAAUAAUAAUGAUAACAAGAGGAAGCCUCAAGAUGAUGAUGAUGAUCACCAUCCAAAGCAUAGGAAAAAGCCCAAGUCUUUGACAGUUGCUGAUCCACAACCUGCUUUUACAACCAGUGAGGCUAGAAAGACUGUGUCUUUAAAAAUGAACCAGAGUCCUAAUCCUGAGCAGCAAUUUGAUACAGUGGAAAUGUUAUAUGAUGAGCUGUUUGGCAAUGAUGAUGAUCACAUGGUUCCUCAUGAUCAGGAAUAUGAGACUCAGCAUUUGCUGUUAGAGGGUAGUACUGAUGACCACAUUGACUAUGCAUUGGAGGUAGUAGAAGGGGAUACACUACCCCUUGCCCUCUCAGAACAACACACAUGUUCAUCAUUAACUGUGCAGCCUAGUCCUACCGAAGAAGAUACAUAUACAGUACCUCAUAUUGGUUCUGACUUGCACCAACCAAGAGACCAAAAUGAGUUGAUUACUUAUGAGGCACAAAGCAGUACAAGUAUUGGUAUCGGUAUGUCCGAGGAUACUGACUGGCUUGAUCUUGCGUUGGAAGAAGUGCUCUCAUCGAUACAGCUGAUGGGAUGACAUCGAUACAACUUUGGAGAUGAGUUCUUGUCAGAAGGGGAUGACAUCGAUACAGCUGAUAUACUACCACUCUCAUCAUCAUUCCCACAGCUGCUUGGAGAUUAGAAUCAUGAAGUAUAGCUGCCUAGUUAGCUCCUUAGUUCAAUUAGUUCAAUCUCUGAACAUGAUUUUUGGACAUUUCACUGUAAAUCAUGACACUAGUUGUUUGAUUAUGUACAUUUUAUUGUUAUAUGCUUUUUAUGGAAAUUGUAACAGCUGCCAACAGCAGCAUAUCCCUAU